AUGUUUUUGCAGCCCAACAUGAGUGGUUCGAGUUUUCCUCAUGUUAAGCUCAAUGAGAGAAUCCUUUCUUCCAUGUCACAGAAAUCAGUAGCUGCUCAUCCUUGGCAUGAUCUAGAAAUAGGACCUGGUGCUCCAGCAGUCUUCAAUAGUGUUAUUGAAAUUGGCAAGGGCAGCAAGGUCAAAUAUGAGCUCGACAAGCCAAGUGGUCUUAUCAAGGUGAAUCGCGUUCUUUACUCUUCUGUUGUGUAUCCUCACAACUAUGGUUUCAUCCCCCGAACUAUUUGUGAAGACAGUGAUCCAAUGGACGUUGUCGUACUAAUGCAGGAGCCCGUACUUACUGGUUCCUUUCUGCGUGCCCGUGCCAUUGGAUUGAUGCCCAUGAUCGAUCAGGGUGAGAGGGACGACAAGAUAAUAGCUGUUUGUGCUGAUGACCCUGAGUUCCGUCACUACAGAGACAUCAAAGAGCUUCCUCCUCAUCGGCUUCAAGAGAUCCGCCGCUUCUUUGAAGAUUAUAAGAAGAAUGAGAACAAAAAGGUGGCUGUUGAGGACUUCCUCCCCGCUGAAGAUGCCAUCAAAGCGAUACAAUACUCUAUGGAUCUUUACGCGUCCUACAUUGUUGAAUGCUUGAGGCAGUGAACACAUAUAACCCGAAUGCAUUUUGGAGGCAAAUACGACUGGUUUAUGCCUACAGAUAAUAAGCUGCCGUGCCAUCACAAAGGGUAGCUGUUUUCUAGUAAUAAGUCUCUUCUGUGGUGUUGUAAUCAACAUUUGCGCACACUGUCGCGCGAACAAGAGGAGGCCUUUGCUUUCUACAUCUUAAUAAGAACGUGAUGCUUGAAAUUCUUUAUAC